AUGGUGGAGAAGACGCACGUGAAGCAUAAACGAGCUCUCUGUCGCUUCGUCCCACGAGGCACGGUACACACGUAAGUGCCAGAUGAAAUACAGCGAUCUGACCUAUAAGCGAAGGGGUAAUUUCCCCCCAGUUUCAAACAGCGUCGGAUGGUGAAUGGAACGGAAGUAAUCGGGAAAAUGCCAUCCAUAAUAACACCACAGGCUCCCGUUAAAGAUAUGCAACAGAUAUAAUCAUAUUAUUGGAAUACUUCGAAGACAAAUGAAUACAAAAUGAGGGCGGCUCGAGAGUGGAUACCAUGAGCACUGGAAACGUACGUGAUUUGACGAGAGAAUAUUCUUGGUAUAUAAUUCUAACGUUAAAGUAUCGAUUUUUCGGCCUGCACGAACCGAGCAUUCCGCAAGCACAGAGGUUUCAAUCACUAGUGAAAAAACUUUCGGAAAUAUUCGUCCGAAACAGCGCCCAAGGGCGAAGUCAAAACAGUGCGCGUGUGAGAAGUUGCGCAGGGAUAUUGUCCAAGGGAUGAACAUGAAAAUGUGAACAGCCCCCGUUGCUGCUACAUCCCGAAACCUAAAUAAGGUGUAGGUAGCCAAAAAAAAACAGACGGCAACGACGGAAACAGGAAGGAAGCAGAAGGUGGAGACAAUAAGUUUACGUCCCGCCAGAACAUGAAGUUGUCAACAUCGAGAUGAAAUCAAAAGGAAGUGCAAAGAAAAUGCCACAAGCGAUGGUACAUCCGUGAGGUAUAGGAUGAACAGAAUGGCUCAGUACGAACGCCAAAGGAGGAGCCCGCACGCUGAAAAGAGGCGACGUACUCCAUGAAGUAAACCGAAAGGACAGGAAUGCAGCCGGGCGAAGAAGAUACGCACGGGCAAGGUAGAAAAAAUAUACCAAAAAGGACAGGUUCUUGAGCGGCAGUAUACUGGUCGUUUUCCUCCUGUUGCUCGUCUUGUAAAUGUUCGUCGUCGUAUUACUCGUCCCAGUACGCCCCGUGAUUCUCCUCCUCCUCGACCUCCUCGUCUUCUUCCUCGUCCUUCUCCUCUUCCUCCUUGUCCUCUUCCUCCCCUUCCUCUCCAUGUUCCGAUUCACCUUGUUAUUGUUCCGGGUCAUUGUCGUCGUUGCCAUCACCGUUGCCGUCGUCGUCAGCGUCGGCGGCGGCGAAUGCAGAAGGGCCGGGGGUAGUGACCUUGCGUUUCUUGCCAUUGUCCUUGGGUUUUAGCGAACGUUUGCGCUUGAUAUUGCGGGAUUUCACGGUAGAUGAGGCUCCGCCUCCAGUGGAAUGGAACUGGAAUGGUACUCAUUCAUACCGGAAUGGGACGCAAACGACGUGCCGUGGCGAACACGUUGGUGGUGAAGGCUUGCCGUGGGCCGUGGAAUAUGGGCGCUUGGGCUUGGCUGAU